GGAAGGCUCUCGGCUCCUUCGGGAAAGCCAGCUCCAGCACCGGGAUCCGAGCAGUGCGCAGGGAGCCGCGUCAGCCUCGACCUGGGCAGCGCCCAGCGGAGGCUGCGGGAAAGCGGAGGGAGCCCGGCGCGGGCGGGGAGCGUGCGUCCGUUCGCACAGGCAGCGGGAGGAGGGGCGGCGCGAGCCAUGGCUGGGGACAGCGAGCAGACCCUGCAGAACCACCAGCAGCCCAACGGCGGCGAGCCCUUCCUGAUCGGCGUUAGCGGGGGCACGGCCAGCGGCAAGUCUUCCGUUUGUGCUAAGAUUGUUCAGCUCCUGGGACAGAAUGAGGUGGAUUAUCGCCAGAAGCAGGUGGUCAUCCUGAGCCAGGAUAGCUUCUACCGUGUCCUCACUGCAGAGCAGAAGGCCAAAGCCUUGAAGGGCCAGUUCAAUUUUGAUCACCCGGAUGCCUUUGACAAUGAACUCAUCUUCAAGACACUCAAAGAAAUCACCGAAGGGAAAACAGUCCAGAUUCCUGUGUAUGACUUUGUCUCCCAUUCCCGGAAGGAGGAGACGGUUACUGUCUACCCAGCAGACGUGGUGCUCUUCGAAGGGAUCCUGGCCUUCUACUCCCAGGAAGUGCGAGACCUGUUCCAGAUGAAGCUUUUCGUGGACACAGAUGCGGACACCCGGCUCUCCCGCAGAGUAUUAAGGGACAUCAGCGAAAGAGGGAGGGACCUUGAGCAGAUUUUAUCUCAGUACAUUACAUUCGUCAAGCCUGCCUUUGAGGAAUUCUGCUUGCCAACAAAGAAAUACGCUGAUGUGAUCAUUCCUAGAGGUGCAGAUAAUCUAGUGGCCAUCAACCUCAUCGUGCAGCACAUCCAGGACAUCCUGAAUGGAGGGCUCUCCAAACGUCAGACCAACGGCUAUCUCAAUGGCUAUACCCCUUCACGCAAGAGGCAGGCCUCGGAGUCCAGCAGCCGGCCGCACUGACCCCCGUCUCCUCAGACCCUGGCCCCGAUCUCCAAGGGACAGGAGGAGGGGGCAGGAGGCACUGUGCAUCUAUACAUAUGGUUUCCUAUGACAUUGCUGUAUUUAAGAAAACACCAUGGAGAUGAAAUGCUUUUUUUUUUUUUUUUUUUUUUUUUUGGUACUUCGGAGCAGCGAAAUGAAACAGAACUUGACCCUGAGCUUAAAUGACAAACUGUGCCAACUACUACUGGUGAUGCCUAAUUAUGACUUCAACGUGUAACCAGUUAUAAAUACAUAUAUAUAUAUAGAAAAGGAUCUAUUUUUGUGUAAAUGUACAAAUACUGUACAGCUGUUUGCCGUAAGUAUUCUGCAGGAGGGCCUGUACUUGAGUGUGUUUUGGGGGCUGGAGCUGGAGUUUCACCAAAGGGAAGUUGCCUGGUGGGUUCCAGGUGGGGCAGGCUCAGGCAUCUGGGAGGGAGGCUCACGGCUCGCGGCUCUCAGUGUCUGUGGGUCUCGUUGGAAGUGGAGUUUGGAACUUUUGAUCGCUUCCCCUGCCAGAUGCCACCUUCUUGGUGCUGGAGCUUUAGGAUAAUGUUAAUGAGAGAUCCUCUUUUCUUUUUUUUCUUUUUCUUUUUUUUUUUGAGUUGAAAUUAGACCUCAACUCAAAA